AGCAAUGCAGUUGCACUCGUGUUGAUCAAUUUAAGGGGACGUCUUUCCAUCUGAUAACGACGGGCGGUGGCGAAUCUAAAUCACUAUCAUCUGUACUUUUCGGUUUAAGCAACCGUACGGGAAGGGUCGUUCAUUUGCCUCCUUUCGGACCUUGAAGUCGAAGAUGUCGAGCCGAGUGAAUCGUUUGGUCGCGGUUGGAGUCAGUAUUCUAGUGAUCGUUUCUUCGAAAGGUGUUUUCAGUGUGAAAUUUUCCGAAGGUCCAGCUGCUCCUUUCGACUGCGCUAGUGAAGUUAAUGGCAAUACCACAACGGAAGAAGCGCUUAAAAAUGCAUUGCUGUGUGGAACCGGAUAUAAUACUCACCAAAGACCUGUGAAGAAUCAGCAAGAUCGAGUGGCUAUGUAUAUUGGAGCAGAUGUUAUGAAUGUCGAAUUGAUUCAUAAUUCAUUCGCCAAGCUAGAAAUCACAGUAGAAAUAUCGAUGCAAUGGUACGACGCUUACCUACACUGGAACAAAAAGGCACAGAACAACAUUCAAACGCUUUCCGUUUCCGAAAAAGACAUCUGGACACCGAUACUGUCGGCAAAAUCUCUAUCAAAAUCACCCGUUCAAAAAGUCGACCACUGCUAUCAAGUGAAGUGUCAUCUUAGCUCCGAUGGGGAAGUAAUGUAUUCCAUGCUGUGCACGUUCACCGUUGACUGUCUAGACAAUUCGCUCCACUGGGCAUUCGAAACCAAAGAUUGUCCUUUGAGGAUAUUCACUCCGGAGUAUGACAUCAAUCAGUUGUCCUUGUUCCAUUUCCAGCGGCGACUAUCGUAUUCAGUUGCCGGUGUGCUGCCAUACAAGAUCACCUCCUUUCAGAUGGCAAUCGUGAACAAUUCCGUUAGUCCUGAGUUCAGAAUGGAUAUCGUAGUAGAACGAAUGGUUGGACCUCAUCUGGUAGUUUUUUUUAUAUUGAUUUUAAUACUGAUGACUCUAAACCUCAUGAUCACAUGGUUUCGAAUUGAUACUACUGUUCGAGCUGUAACGUCUAUAACUUCCUUAGCAUUACAUGCGAUCUACACGGUGAUAUUAUAUUGGUAUGCUAAUACAAAGAUGCACCCAGCGUCUUGCCUAGCCAACAUACUUUUAGGAUCUCUCAUAAUAACAAUCAUCUUGAUUGGAGUACUCGUUUACUCAAUGAACAUAACGAAGCAGAGCAGCAUGGGAGUGCCACAUGCCCUUCAGAAAUGUUACCAAUCGGUUACAAAAAUAGCUAUACUCAAAGCAUUCCUCAAACUUGGUUAUCUCAAUAUAAACGACCAACUGAUAAAACCAUCGAAGAAAAGCUCCUCGGCAGGAUUUUCCAACCACGUUGAUCACAUUGAAUCGACAUCGAAAGACACUGCGAUAAUCGAACAAACCGAAGAUUCCGAAGAAGGGGACGUGGAUCCAACAAAACUGAAGUGGAACGUGCUCAUACAGCCGUUUGAUCGGAUAAUUUUCUGUGGAAUUGCAAUCGCCUACGCGCUCAUGCUUCUGGUGCUGUUUCUAGCGUGAGACCGACAGAACACGGAAAUCCAUUGGAAAAGGUUCUCGCCAUCACAAGCUAGAUACAGCUCAAUUAAGUGAGAUAAUAAAGCCAAUAAAGUAAGAAAAUUCUUUUUUUUUCUGAUGGACGAGUCGAAUAGUAUUGAAAAGACAACGAAUCUAUAUGUUAUAACACUAAUGACAGCGAUGACCAGUGUUAAUCUAGAACUGAAGUGAAUAUAGGCGCUGUUUCCUUUUCUGGAACUUAUGUGUUCGAUGAUAAAUUAGAUUAGCAAGUGAAUAAAAAUAAUAUUUUGCGGGGCA